CUUCGCCAAUCCGCGACAAUGGCGCCAGCUGAUCUUUGACUCAGGCUCCGCUAUGUUCAAAGUGGAUGGUGGUGUGUGAUGGACGUGACUCGUCGCGCAUUCACAUGGUAUACUUACGGUGACACGACAAGAAUACGGUUCCAGAGCAUUCCGGGAUAUUCACAGAGAUAGUGACACGCCAUGAAUACGUUAAUUCACACCAAAAUGAUUGCCGAUCACGGUGGAGUCAUUGUUCGACGAUAUUCCCCGUUUAAAUUAUGGUACAAUACCAAUUAUACAAUGGGUAGCAUAUCUUUAAUUUAUACUCGUUUGAGAGAUCCAAGAAGAUUAUUGCUGGAGCCUACAGUGUUACCAAUGUAUAUUAAUGAUAAAAGCAUAACAUGUCUACAAAUUCGUACCUUUUAUGUAACUCCAAGUUGGAAUGGCCAAGAGUCAUCAUCUAAGAUUGAAAAAACAGUAAAGAAUAUUAAGGAAGAAAAAGAACUUCAAAAUAAGUGUGCAAUAGACAAUGUUGCCAUGAAUAAUGAGCAACCAAAAAAAGCUGUUGUUAAAGUUACAAUAUGGGAAAAAAUUAAAGGCGAGAUAUUGCAUUAUUAUCAUGGAUUUCGAUUAUUAGGUCUCGAUAUGAAAGUAUCAGCAAAAUUAAUAUGGAGAAUUUUACAUGGGAAGGAACUUAGUAGAAGAGAACAUCGUUUGCUGAUAAAAACAACUGGGGAUGUGUUCAGAUUGAUUCCAUUUUCUGUAUUUAUUAUUGUUCCAUUUAUGGAAUUUCUAUUACCAGUGGCAAUUAAAUUAUUCCCUGGCAUGCUACCUUCUACUUUUCAGACAGCAGUUGAAAAAGAAGAUAAACUUAAGCAGGCUUUGAAGGUCAAAAUAGAAAUGGCGAAAUUUUUACAAAAAACAUUGGAUGAAAUGGCGUUACAAUCGCCAGAUCACAAAUCUGAAAAAGCUAAAGAAUUUGCAGAAUUUUUCUACAAAGUACGAACAAGUGGUACUGUUGCGACCAAUGAAGAAAUCAUGAAAUUUAGCAAAGUUUUUGAGGAUGAAAUUACUCUAGAUUCUCUCUCACGACCACAACUAAUUGCUUUAUGCCGUGUAUUAGAUGUGCAAACUCUUGGAACUACUAAUUUUUUAAAGUUUCUACUUAGGAUGAGACUCAGAAGUCUUACUGCAGAUGACAAACUAAUUGAGAAAGAAGGAAUUGAAAGCCUAACCAGAGCUGAAUUGCAACAAGCUUGCAGAGCACGUGGUAUGCGUGCUUAUGGAUUACCAGAGAACAGAUUAAAAGAACAAUUAUCACAAUGGUUGGAUUUAAGUUUAGUUAAAAAAGUUCCACCCUCUUUACUAUUAUUAUCACGAGCGCUUAUGAUACCAGAAACGAUGCCUAUGUCGGACAAGCUAAAAGCAACUAUUUCAGCUUUGUCUGAUACGGUUGUGGCACGUACAAAGGGUGCUAUUGGAGAGAAAGAAGGUAAAGUGGAUCAUAGAACCAAUAUCGAAAUUAUUAAAAUGGAAGAACGCAAAAUUGAAGAAGAAAGAGAAGAAAAGAAAGAAGCUGAACCAUCACAGCCAUCUAUUCCAGAAUCUAGUACCAAAACAGACGAAAUUACUACUACUGAUGUCAAAGUUUUGGAACAAGCUCUGGAUUCAAUUGGCAAAGAUAAUAAAACUAUGGCUGUAGAGAAAGAAGAAAUCAAGGAACUUAAAGAAGAAAUGGCAGAAUAUCAAGAAGAUAUUAAGGAAUUGUAUCAAAUUAAAGCGGAAGCAAAAGGUCAAACAGAUAUAGAAAAUAUUAAAAUAUCAAAAGGUGCUAAUAGACUUUUCAAAAAGGUAAAUAAAAUGAUCUCAAAAAUGGAUGCCGUUUUGUGGGAACUCGAACAAUCCGAGAAAAAAGUUAAACAAAGAAUCGAGUCGUUGGGUCCUGAGAAAAAGGAUACCAAAGAUGUUGAAGAAUUAGUUAAAAUAGAUGAGCUAGUUGCAGCCAUUAAACAAAUCCAAAGUGUACCCGAUGAACAUCGUUUAAAACGCAUAGCAGAAAUUUUAGGAAAAAUUGAUGACGAUCAAGACGGUGCAAUAAAAAUAGAGGAUGUAUUAAAGGUUGUAGAAUUAAUAGGUAAAGAAGAUGUUAACUUAAGCAAACAACAAGUAGAUGAAUUGAUAGAAUUAAUGGAUAAAGAAGAAGUAUUAGAAGUAGAGGAACAAAUACAAAAAUCGUUGGAAAAGGAUUCCAAGACCUCUCAAACAGAAGAGAAUAUAAAAGCUACGCAUAAAUGUACGGUUCCAGCUACACCAGUAACAACUGAACCAGGAUAUGGAAAAGAGGAGUUAAUAGAUGAUGCUGUUAGAGAAUCCAAUAAAAUCUGUGGAGAUCAGAAUAUUGAAGAGAAUAAGCAGAAAUCAACUGUCGUUCUUAAAAGUAAUUCCAAAUCUGAUGAGAUAAAAAAUCCUCCAAUUACAUCAGGUGUUCAAUCAACAGCGAAAAAAGCAGAAGGUUCUAAACAACUGUGAUUAGUGCACAAUGAAGUAUAAAUUAGUAUAUUAUCAGCAAUAUUUUUACUGAAAUGAUGUUUGAUAUGGAUCUUCGUCUUGUGUGUAUCCCACAUAUUUUUUUCCUUAGAAAAAUGUUUAUUUUCUUCAAAAAUAGACCAAUAGCAAUAUAUUUA